AUGUCAUCUUCAGUUUUAGUGAAUCUGCCUUUUGUUAAAUAUGGUGUUAAGCUGUACGACCAUCGAAAAUAAACUUGUUGCUUAGUUCUAUUUUGCAUCCAAUUAGUUAUCUCACCCCAAGGAAUGAAAUCACCGAUCUGAAAUAUUUCUACCAGUUUUGACAGCCUUUUGUCUUCUUCAUUUUUCCAAGUGCAUUGAACUUUGGGUAGUUUCUUUGUUGUAUUGUAUCUGAUGAGACAUUGAUAUGCUGUACGAUUUGUACUCAAUUCCUUUGCAAUCUUGUCCCAAUCUUGAUACUGAUACUUCUUGGCGAUUUUCCUGAGUUUAAUAUCCUCUGACUUUGUCCAACGCUUCCUAUUGAUGUCAGGGUGCAAGUAAACAUUCCACAUAACGCAACAAUCAAAUGGAGAGUGUACCUCUUCAAAAUAGACAGAUGAUAUUCUAAACCAAUUGUACUCUUUUUCCUGUAAUGGACUGAUUUCUUCCAAAGCAUCCAUUGAUGAAAACUUUGCCUUUUCUUCCUUCUGCCUCUCAAUUUCUUUUGUUACCGCGUUUAAAAGAGUGUCUCUUUCCUUUUUUGUCCAUGCGGAUAUUUUGGGAAGAUUUUUCAGCUGCAAUUCUUUACAGUUUUCUUUCAAUAUUUCGUCCGUAUUGUUGGAGGCAGAGAAGUAACGUUUAUCCUUAAAAUACGGCAUACCAGCGUUGUAAAUUAAUAUCUUUUUAUUCCCAACUGUAUGCGUUUCUAAACUACACUCUAUCGCUUUCAAUUUUUGUUCACACUUUGCAAGAGCGAAAGUUAUGUCGCUUUUCAAGUCCAUCAAAGAGGAAAUUAUUUGUUUGUUAAAUUCUAACAUACGAUUGCAGUUUUCGAUAUUAUGUUCCGUGAACUUGUCAUCAGUGUUAUUUUUGAGUGCGUCCACUCGAUUUUUGGCGGUAUCUCGCUGCGGAUCAUCGAUGAAUUCAUUUGCCUCAUAAUUAUUUUCAAAAUGAUCUUCAUUGUCUAAUAUUAUACUUUCUAAUAACAGUAUUUCGGCUAGAUUCUCGUCAUCCUCAUUGAGUACCGUGUUCAUCAUGCAUAGACUUGCAAAGAAAUUCUAGCACUAUUCUUGUCAAUUAUCUUAUACUAUCGAUCAACAUUAAAUUGCAUCGAUUCACGAAUCAGCUUGUGAAAAAUUAUUUAUUAUAUCAGUGUGUGUACAUACGUAUCGUAAAUAAAAUUACAAAAGAUAAAAGUUUCGGAUGCAUUACAAGUUAUGUUAUAAAAUUCUGAAAUUACGUUCAUUUACAUACGUGUUUGAUCGUGAUAAACAAAACGUGUCAAAAACAGUUUUUAAAAUGUGACGAGUUUCUUGACUGUUACGCUGCUCUCCUUAUACCUGUUACAAUGUCUAACUACAAUGUGUUCUGCAGCAUUAAUCACAACUCAAAACGAUAACGAUAAAAUUGUGUAUUGAGUCGGCCAUCCAAUUGUCACUGAAGUAAACUCCCACAAUAUUACUAUUACUAUUACUAUAAUAAACAAAACAGUGAAAAAUUGGUUAAUGGAAUCGCAAGAUUUUGACAUUCGACCGGAAGUUGUGCACAUAUGUUUACGAUAUAGUUCGUGCAGAAGUGGUGCAUGCGCAGUCUCUACGGCCUGAAUAUGUCGGCUGGGUAAAAUACGUUAAUUGUUAUCAUGACUGGAAUGAUUUCCUUUGGUUAAGUUCGUUGCUGUUAAAUCGCUGCGAAAUUUCAAGCCCGCUAUAUCGUAGAUUAAGAAAUUUAGUAAAGAGGGCCUUAUGUCAACUCAGUUCAACAUUGAAGGGGCCGACGACGUGUGCCAAUAUGAAGAAGCUGUUUUCAAAAAUCGAAAACACGUCGAAGGAGCCUAACAGUUACAUAGGGAAAGUUUUUGUGGUGGGACGUUACACUGUCACCGUCGAGGAGGUUUUGGCCGAAGGAGGAUUUGCCAUUGUAUUCCUGGUAAAGUCAUCGAGUGGACGUUAUGCGCUUAAACGCAUGUAUGUUAACAAUGAUCAUGAUCUCAACGUAUGUAAAAGGGAGAUACAAAUUGCAAGUAACUUGAAUGGUCACAAAAAUAUCAUAGGAUAUUUGGAUAGUAGUAUCACUCACAUUGGUGGAGGGGUACAUGAACUUCUGCUCUUAAUGCCUUAUUGCAAAUCUCAAGUUUUGCAGAUGAUGAACAAUAGGUUACAAACAGGAUUUAACGAAUCUGAAGUUCUACAAAUAUUUUGCGAUGUUUGCGAAGCUGUAUCUCGAUUGCAUCACUGUCAGACACCAAUAAUACAUAGAGAUUUAAAGAUUGAAAAUAUAUUGUAUUCUGAUACUGGCCAUUAUGUAUUAUGCGAUUUUGGUUCUGCAACAGCAAAAAUUCUUAAUCCUAGUGUACAGGGUGCGGCGAUAGUUGAAGAAGAAAUUAAAAAAUAUACAACCCUCAGUUAUAGAGCACCUGAAAUGGUUGAUAUGUACUGUGGGAAACCUAUUACAACGAAAGCAGAUAUAUGGGCAUUGGGGUGUUUGUUAUACAAACUUUGUUUCUUUACAUUACCGUUUGGAGAAAGCACACUUGCCAUACAAUCGGGAAAUUUUACAAUACCAAAUAAUUCAAGAUAUAGCAGAAGUCUUCAUUGCUUAAUUCGUUAUAUGCUCGAACCGGAUUCUGAUAACCGCCCCGAUAUUUAUCAAGUGUCUGUGAUUGCAUUCCAAAUUCAGGGAAAAGAAUGUCCAGUACAGAAUUUACAUAAAGUUCAAACACCAGUUUUGGAAUCAUUACCUUGUCCAUCUAUGGAAUCUGACAACGUGAAGAGGUCGUCACUAGUUAAGACACCAAAACCGACUCCAGUAACUACUGUUGAGGGUACGUCAGUCACACCAAGACAACGACCAAAAGGACAGGCUGUGAGCACAGGUCCGAUAAGCCUAAGCGGUCAGAUUGUGAGCCAAAUAUCUGGUCAAGGCAGUCAGGUUCAAUCACAAAGUUCCGUAGGGAAUACGAUUUCGUAUGUUCAAAUGGGUCAACAACUUGCUCCAUUGAACACAUCACAACCUUAUUUAGGGCAAAAUAUGCAACCAAAUGUUCAGCCAUUACCAGUGAACACUCAAGCAUCUGCUCAUCAGGUUUCAACACUCACCCAAGUUUCGCCGCAAGUUUGUUGCGCCACUAUUAAUCAGAAUGUUCCCUUUGGACAUCAAUCGCAAGUCCAAAAAUCGCAACACAGUCAGUCACAAUGUUCUACAGUUAGACGAUCUCCUGUAAGUGUUCAAGAUACAGUAAGUUCGUAUUACUUUGAUUCAUCGGUGGCAACAAAUGUGAACGAAGAAAAUCUAGAAGCGCUAUUUCCACCAUCUGGUUAUCCAGAUCCGUUUAAAGAUGAUAACCGAGCUAUGCCACCACCCGCAAAAAUACCACCACCCGUCGCUCCUAAACCCUCUAAAAUUCUAUCCAAGGCAUCAAAUUCUACUAGUUGUCCACCUCCCAAAUUUACACCUGUAAAUUCGUUAACAUCGAAAAUAAAUACUCCGACAGGGACUAACAUUACGCCUGUAAUAGUACCAACUUUACCAAAACCAGUCAAUAAGACCGAAAGUUUAAGUCAAAAUAUAAGUUCAAGUAUUUCUCCACCCGAUAGUCCGACACACUCUUCGGUACGUCAUAGAAGAAAUGUUAGCGACACAAGUGCUUUUAAUAAAGCAUUUGCAAGCGAAACAACACAAUUUCUAGCACCAUAUGAAGCUUCAGUGAAAUCACGUUCGGAAGAUGCUACUACUCCUGAAGUUCAGACUGGCGUAAGAUCUUGUCUAGGAUCUAGCGCUUCGCAUGGCGAACUUUCAAGCGUAACUGCUACUGAAGGAAGGUCUUUAAGCGCGGAUGUAGCAGCUUGGAAUCCGUUUGAAGACGUACAACCCUUCAAUCAGCUAACAGAAGAUCAUAUUUUCGGUGCCGAGUUUGAUAAAAUUAGAAGAGGAAGUAAUGCAAGCAUCGCUGGUGUAAAAAGUCGCGAAAGCCUUGUUAUGACGUAUGCAGAAUUACCGGAAGAUCCAUUCGAAUCCGCACCUUUUAGUUUGCCAAGCAAGUCGCAAUUAAACGGUAGACCGAGAAUACCUGCUAAACAAUGGAAUCCAGGAUUCGAGCGCGCCGAACUGGACCAGAAAAUCACAGGGAACAAUCCCGUUUCUCCGCCGUUCGUUCGGAUCCCGUUGGAAGAUCGGUCGAAAUACGAGAAGUUAACGUUCGACGCUGGAGACGUGUCCAGCGACAGCGAUAAGGAUUUAUCGCACGAGCGAAUGAAACAAAAGAGAAAGAGAGCCAAGAACAUGAUACAUAGGAAGAGAAGAACGCAGAAUGCGAAGAACGUGCCGAGUGAUACGACAGGAGGAGGCACGGCUGGUAAUUUGAAGACGCUCGGUAACAACUGGUGUAAUCAAAGUAUUUGCAACAAUGUUAGGUCGAAUGGUGAUUGCAGAAAGACCAGUAUUCGAAAUGGUAGUGACAAGGAGGAAAUACAGGAAGAGCGAGAGGAGGAGGAGGAGGAGCAGACAGAGAGGAACAAGGAAAAGAAGAACAUAAAGGAAGAGACGAGAAAGGAGAACAAAAGAAAAGAGGAGGAUGAAGAAGAGGGUGAGAAACUUGUUGAGGAAGAGGAAGAGGAAGAAGAGGACGAGGAGGAGGAAGAGGAAGAAGAGGAGGAGGAGGAGGAACAGGAAGUGGAAGACGAUGAUGAUGACGACAAAGAUAACGAUGACAUCGACAAUAAUAAUAAUGACAACGACGACAAGAGAACCUACGAUAUCGAUGAAAAUUGUGAUGAGAUGAAUGAAGCUACGGAGGUUGUACAUAGAAUUUGCGGUUCGGUUCAUCAUGCGGAAAGAAACGUUAUUACGAGCGAACAGGAUUACAGGACGAAAAAAUCGAAGAAAUAUUAUCGAGGAGAGCAAUCGUCGGUUACUCGAGUGAACACAGAUCCAGUUGUCGGCCAUCAAUACGGAGAGAAGCCCCUUUUACUUGACGAUGAACUCGAUUCAGAGCCAAAGUUGGAAUACUCUCAUGGCGAUCCGUUCGUUAUGGACGAUCGAUAUGGAUCAAAGUAUCAGUCGUUCGACGGCAUCAGGUCGUUGAAGAGAAACGAGAGGGCGAACCUAUUGAGCGACUUGAGAUCGUGGAAACACGGUGAAGACGUUUUCGCUUUGGCACCGUUUCCAAAAUCAUCCGGCUACUCGAAAAGGAACAACGAUUGUCAGCAAGAGAGCAACGAAUUUCAAACUGUAGUUCCUGCUAUUUUUGAUUUGACAGCUACGUCGGAGACGGCAGCAGAUUCGGAGAGCAGAUUGCUUUCCACAGGAACAUGUAACUCGUCCUCGUUGUUAGCGAAUGUCACGAAAGGAUUUGCGGAUAUUGACUUGCUGUCCGGUGACAACACGCAACAAUCUCCGGUCACUAAGGCGAUCCCGAUUAUUUACCGGGACUCUGAACGAAAGAGAAACCAAAUGGAUCAAGAUGGCAAGCUUGAGAAAGCAAGAGACGGAGAAGAAAAUAAAGAAAAAAACAAAUGGAUAGAAGCGACGAAGGAAGAGAAAGAGAAAGAAGUGGAUGGAAGAAGAGAAGAAAAUAGAGAAACGGAUUUAUUUGGCUCAUCGCCAUUUAGUCCAAGCAGUUUCGUAAUAAAUUCGUUCGACUUCAACAGUUCGCGAAAUGAAGAGACCUCAAGUCGAUCGGCAAAAAUGACGUUUCCCAGCCAGGAAGAACCUUACGAUGAUUACAUCCACGUGCCUGUUCGUACCUCUCAGACUCGACAUUCUCCAUCGAACGUUUGCCACAUGAAACAGGCUGCUGGAGCCACGCCAACUACGAAAACAACGUUGAAUUCCAAAUUUUCCGACGACUCCGCGGAUAACGAGUAUUCGCAUACGUUCCCAGAUGUUUCGAAAGAUCUGUUCGGUUCCAUUCCAUUCAACGAAUUCGCAUCUUUACAACUGAACGAGGAGAAAAAGAGAACGGAGGCUUGCGUUUUACCAUUUGUUCAAUUAUCGUCACCAUUAUCGACGCAACUUCACCAAUCGCAGCUACAACCGCAGUCACAGUCACAGUCGCAAACCUCGAGUUUUGUCGGCGAGAAUUUGAACGCGAUUUUAUUGGAUAAAGCGCAAUCGUCGGACACCAUCGCUGAUCGAGCAUCUACUUUGAAGGAGGUAUAUACGAUUAAACCGGUUCAGCAUACUGCUCGGAUCACUAUUCAGACGGUGAACAGCGUGUCGAAGCCAGAUGUUACAUCGGACAUUGUCUCACCGAUGUCGCCUGAACCAUUGAUGGUUACCGAUGACGAUCACCACGAUAUACCAAGGCAUAGACGAGAAAAAUUUAACAAGUCAGAGAAAUCGAAGUAUCAUUUAAUCAAUGAAAUUCACAACGAUGUUAGCGACGUUCUAUCGUCGACGAAGCUAACUCACAAGACCAAGACAACUGGUUACGGUAAGAAAAUUCCAAGGGUGAAGAAAUGUUCUGUUGUUAGCACAGCUGCUGGCUUCAGUAACAUGAGUUUCGAAGAUUUCCCGAGCGACGAGAACGAGGAGAAACAGUUUAAGAAUACGAAAAUCGCUCCGUUCGAGGUGGUCAGAGAACCUGAGAAACGGUUCGGAUCAUUGAAGAGAAGGAGCAACCCGUUCACCUGA